GGGAAUUUCACUUCUGUAAAUUUGUGAUUGCAAUGUAAAGCUUUCUUUCAUCUGUGAACUUCAGAUUUGCAGGUAAAGAUGCAGAUGCUCUUGGUCAUGUUUGGAUCUGGAUUGUACCUGUUUUUUUUGUUGGAUCAGUUGAACUUCGUCAAAACAAUAAACCCUAUAUUCUACCCUUGUGACAAUAAAACAGUCGGCAAUGGAAACAUACUUUUGGACUGUAAGCACAGAGAGCUCAUGAACAUCCCUAAAUUUAAGUCCCGUUUUAUCAUAUCGUUGAACCUGGAUGAAAAUCGUUUACAUCAAGUAACAAGUGAUGAUUUCUCAGAUAUUCCUAAUCUGCAGAGUCUAAGUCUAAUGUGGAAUUGUUUGCCUGGUCGCCUCAAGGCAUUGAAAUUACCUUCAUGCCAAGUGAAAAUUGAUCGCAAUGCUUUUGUUAAUCUUAAGAACUUGACCUUCCUUCAGUUGGCAGGGAAUAGCCUCAAGACUAUUCCUCUUUUGCCCCAGCAACUUGAAGUCUUGGGAUUAGAAUUUAACAAUAUUUUCCACAUUGAACAACCACUAGGAACACCCUACCUUAAACAGCUGUUUCUUGCUAAAAAUUGCUACUAUGCUAACCCCUGUAAUGAAUCAUUUUUCAUCGCUCAACGGGUACUUCAAGAUUUACCUCAGCUUCAGAACCUCACCGUCGGCAAUAAUAACAUCACCUCUAUUCCCAUGAAACUGCCACCCUCACUGGAAAGUCUGGACCUAGGAGAAAACAGGAUCACAGAGAUCCGGGAAGACUCUUUUACAAACCUUACAAAACUUAGUUUCCUUAACCUUGAGUGGAACUGUCAAAGAUGUGAUCAUGCAACCAAUCCCUGUUUUCCAUGCCCAAAUAAUUCAUCCUUAGGCCUGCAUGAAAAAGCAUUUUUUGAGCAGCAAGAGUCGCUUGUUAAACUCAGUCUACGGGGAAACUCAAUCAAAUCUAUUCCUAAAAAUCUUUUUGCACAAUUGAAGAAACUAAAGUCACUUGACCUCUCAGACAAUCUCCUUGCCUACAGCAUUCGUAAUGGCACAUUUUUUGAAGAACUGCAGGGUGUUGUGUCCCUGAAACUUAGCUCUAAUUAUCAACCUCUAAAAACAUUUUCAGAGCUGAUACUGUCACCUUCUAUUAGCAGAAUGAAGUCCUUGAGGAGGCUUACUUUAAGUGGCCUUUUAUUUCAUUACUUGUCUACCAAAAGCCUUACACCUUUGUUUAACCUAACACAGCUUGAAUAUCUUAACCUGAGAAUAAACUUCAUCAAUUCUUGUAAUUUAACUGUAUUUAACCAACUGAGAUCCUUGAGAAUGGUUGUGCUUUCACAAAACAUGCUAACCAUCAAACCGUACUACACUGUAAACUCUAGUACGGCCCUGACCCUAGAUAGAUAUCAGAACAAGGAUGAUAUCCAGCUUCACGACAUGUCUGUGUUUGAGUCAAAACUCGGGAUGAACUAUUUUCGUUGCACAGACAAAGAAUGUCCGAGAGAUUAUUCAAUGCAGAAUUUUCAAAAUUGUUUCUGUUAUAAAAAGCUAUUUUUUGACCUAUCACAAAACAAUAUCCCAUGGCUGGAUGCAAGUACUUUCAAAGGAAUAGAAAAUACUGCGUGCUUGGACCUGUCCUAUAACUAUAUGAGUCAAGCUUUCAAUGGAAAACAGUUCUAUCCUCUUACCAAACUUUUAUACCUCAACAUGGCACAUAAUCGUAUUGACCUUUACUUCAAUGAAGCAUUCCAGGAGCUAAGCAGCACACUUAAGGUUCUUGAUCUUAGUAACAAUGAAUUUCAUUUCCAAAUGAAGGGAAUUGGGCACCGCUUCACAUUCAUAAAGAACUUGACUUCACUUGAAGUUCUUAGUUUAGCAAACAACAACAUCGGCAUGCGAAUCUCUAACAUUCUUAAUAGUACUUCACUAAAGUGUCUAUUAUUCACUGGAAAUCGUUUGGACAUCAUGUGGGACACUAGGGGUGAUCAGUACAUACAUUUUUUUCAGGGAUUGACAAAACUUACAUACCUGGACAUUUCUGAUAACCAGCUUAGAUCAUGUUCCCCAGAAGCAAUAGUUAACCUUCCUCCAACUAUUCGUGUGCUCAGGAUGGACUCUAACCUCAUUAAUUAUUUCCCCUGGGGCAAUAUCUCGGCUCUCAGUCACCUUUGCUAUCUAAAUCUUAGUCAAAACUAUCUUUCUAAGUUACCAGACAGCGCUAUCUACUUUGGCAUCAAGCUUAUAAGUCUAGAUCUUAGUCAUAACCGACUAAGUGCAAUUCCAGAAUCUUUCUUUAGUCAAGCAACAGGUCUUAAAGAAUUAAUGCUCAAUCACAACCAGUUGAAGAUUUUAGAGAUGCAUGCUUUACCCCCAUCCAUACAGAAAGGCACUACCAUUUGUACCACUUCAGAGACCUCCUGCAAGCUAACAUUGCAUGCUAACCCCUUUACAUGUAGCUGUGCCACCUCUUGGUUUACGGAUUUUUUGCGAAAAUGUCCUGUGUACAUCCCACAUCUCACUACUGAUGUUCGCUGUGGUUUUCCUGAAUCACAGACAGGAGUAAAUGUUCUUUCAAUUGAUCCUCGCUCCUGCCAGGAGAUAUUUGGCAGUGUUUCCUUCCUCUUUACAUUCCUUCUUACUAUUGCUGGAACUGCAGUCCCCCUGCUGAAGCAUCUGUACGGCUGGGACCUGUGGUAUAGUGUGCAAAUAUUGUGGGCAGGAUAUAAGGGUUACACCCCACUUCAUGGAAACAAUGUGAAAAACCAACAUGAUGCAUUUGUUGUCUUUGAUAUAAAGAACAAGGCAGUGCGAGAUUGGAUCUACAAUGAGAUGUUGAUAAACUUGGAAAACAGAGGUAGAUGGAAAUUCAGACUCUGCCUGGAGGAACGGGACUGGGUACCAGGAGUGUCAUGCAUUGAGAAUCUACACAACGCAGUGUACAACAGCAGGAAAACAGUCUUUGUUCUGACUAACCAGGGUGGCUGUUCUACUGUGAAUGGGGUAAUAAAGCAAGCUUUCCUUCUGGUCCAACAAAGACUGCUGGAUGAGAAAGUAGAUGUCGCAGUUGUUGUCUUGUUGGAUCCUCUUUUCCCUAAGCUUAAGUACCUGCAGAUGAGAAAGAGGCUCUGUAGAAAAUCAGUUCUUUCAUGGCCUAAGAAUCCUCAAGCCCAUCCUCUAUUCUGGAAUAACUUUCAUAUUGCUCUAGCAUCGGACAAUGUGAGAUCCUAUGAUAAAAAAGUCACAGAGAGCUUCCUGUCGAAUGAAAUUCUGUAAAACAAGGCACCAAGAUAUGAUAUUUAUAAAAAUCAGAAUCUUAGAGGAAGGAAUGCACCAUGAACCAGAUAUGGACAUUCAUUUACGCCUAGGUGCAAUUUAGUAGAGCCAAUCAAUCAGCAGGCUUGUUUUGAUAGUUUCAAAAGAAAAUACAUUACCUGGAGGAAACCAACAUGGAGAGCUUUCAAAACACCUCACAGACAAUGACUGAAACUCAUGGAGCCUUGUUAGGCUUCUUAACUACCUGCUGAACACCAAACUACCCAUAUUUUGUGUUUUAAUUAUUCUGUAAAUUUUAUUAAACAUUAUUUGCUUUAUGCUAUGCUUUUGAUCUUUAAAUAAUAUUAAUGUCAGACUUAUACCACAAUCAUUUUUGCAUAAGCCAAAGUUUAUUUUUGCCACCUUAAUAGCAACAUCAGAUAUUCUAAAUGUAUACAUUUUUGAUGUACAAUAAGACCUGUGUAACAAGACUUACAAGCCAUGUGUAGCAUAAUAAAUGGAAAGCUAAAAUGUACAUAUAAAGAUGUAUCAGUCAUUUAUUGUAUUGUUAAAAUACAUUUUCUAAUUAAAAAUACAUUUUGCCAUUUGUGUAUUUAA